AUGUCUUCCGUGGAGGCCAGUACGAAGAAGUUCGGGAACGGUGAGAGGACGGUGCCUCACCCUUCCCAGAAGGCGCGCAAGUUCUAUCCAACGGAGGAUGUUAAACAACCCAAGAAGGCCCGCAAGACACUCCGCCCACACAAGCCCCGAGCCUCGCUUCAACCGGGCGCGGUCCUGAUCCUCCUCGCCGGUCGUUUCCGUGGCAAGCGUGUGAUCCUCCUCAAGCACCUCAAGGAGGGCGCACUGCUGGUCACCGGCCCCUUCAAGAUCAAUGGAGUCCCCCUCCGACGAGUGAACUCGAGAUACGUCAUUGCGACAUCAACAAAAGUCGACAUCAGCGGUCUUGACCAGUCGACGCUAGAGAAGAUUGCCAGCCCUGAAUACUUUGCUCGGGAAAAGAAGAGCAAGAAGGAAAAGGGUGAGGAAGCCUUCAUCCAGCAGGGAGAGAAGCCAGAGAAGAAGCAGCCUACUUCUCAACGCGCUUCCGACCAAAAGGCCAUUGACAAGCCGCUCCUUUCCGCGAUCAAGAACGAAGAAUUCCUUGCCAGCUAUUUGAAAUCCAGCUUCGCCCUCCGACACGGCCAGAAGCCCCACGAGAUGGCCUUCUAG